AUGAUCUUCUCUCCGGCAAAUGGCCUGUUCAACCCUUUCAAGAGCAAGUACAACGUGCCCGAAGACAUUGCGAAAUCUGUUCUUAAACGCGAACAAGGGAGAUGUAUCAUAACUGGAUGUGCUGAUCCAGACGCGCUGACAGUUGCUUGGCUGAUUCCACCCCUCUUCGUGAAACAUCUUUAUCAUGUCAGGGGAAACAGAGAAUACACAAGAUAUUCCGAAAUAACCAAGCCGGGCAACGCGAUCACAUUGCGUAAAGAUCUGGAGGAUGCAUUUUUGGACGGAGCCUUUGGAAUUGACGUAGAUGAAGAUUACCGGCUUGUGAUGUUUCGAGACAUUGGCCCGGCAGGGCAUACUCUCAAGGGAUUAAACGUGAAGGCUUAUUUCCGUAGCCCGGACGUCGAGGCACAGCGCACAGGACCAGAGGACAUAUUCCUCCGUGCCCAACUUGUCAACUGCAUUUAUGUCAAUUUCCACGGGGGUGAUAUAAAUGCCCAAUGGACACCCGGAAUGAUAAGGGAAAAGGAGGACGAACUGGGCUUGAGCCCACGAAGUGAUUUUCGUCGUCCAAGAAAAAAUAAACGAUGGGAAGACGAGCUGGCUCAGAUUGUGCAUGAGCUUCAUUAUGGUAGACCUUUUGGGGACCAUGACGACAAUAGUGACACAGAGUACGAUUCGGAGGUCUAUAGUGACUCGGAAAGGGGUGGAGGUGGUAGAAAUGAGGGUGAUAGCUCGAGCAACGAGUCUAAUCUGGAUAAAUAG